GGGAGCUUUGUUUUCUGCUUGUCUUUUCCUAAGGAGAUGAUAGAAAGUGACAUCUCAUCUAUAAUGUCAGGAAUUAUUCGAAACUCAGGGCAAAAUCACCACCCCUCUCCACAGGAAUACAGGCUUCUGGCCACCACCAGCGAUGAUGACCUCCCCGGGGACCUGCAGUCGCUGUCGUGGCUCACGGCAGUGGACGUGCCUCGGCUGCAGCAGAUGGCAAGUGGCCGCGUGGACCUGGGCGGCCCCUGCGUGCCACAUCCACACCCAGGUGCCUUGGCUGGGGCAGCCGACCUGCAUGUGGGAGCCACUUCAAGUCCCCUUCUCCAUGGCCCAGCAGGCAUGGGCCCUCGAGGCAUGCCAGGUCUGGGCCCCAUAACCAGCCAUGGAGACAGUAUGAGCCAGUUCCCCAUGGGGACCCAGCCCUCAUCUGGCCUGCAGGACCCGCCACCUCUGUACUCGCCUGCCACGCAACCACAGUUCCCGCUCCCCCCGGGCACCCAGCAGUGCCCUCCUGUGGGCCUCUAUGGCUCCCCAUUUGGGGUGCGGCCCCCGUACCCCCAGCCCCACAUGGCUGUGCAUUCGUCUCAGGAACUGCACCCCAAACACUACCCCAAGCCCAUCUACUCGUACAGCUGUCUGAUCGCCAUGGCUCUGAAGAACAGCAAGACAGGCAGCCUGCCUGUGAGCGAGAUCUACAGCUUCAUGAAGGAGCACUUCCCCUACUUCAAGACGGCUCCUGACGGCUGGAAGAACUCGGUGCGGCACAACCUGUCUCUGAACAAGUGCUUCGAGAAGGUGGAGAACAAGAUGAGUGGCUCCUCCCGCAAGGGCUGCCUGUGGGCUCUGAACCUGGCCCGCAUCGACAAGAUGGAGGAGGAGAUGCACAAGUGGAAGAGGAAGGACCUGGCCGCCAUCCACCGCAGCAUGGCCAACCCCGAGGAGUUGGACAAGCUGAUCUCUGACCGGCCUGAAAGCUGCCGACGCCCAGGCAAAGCGGGGGAACCAGAGGCUCCCGUGCUGACCCACGCCACCACGGUGGCCAUGGCGCAUGGCUGCCUGGCUGUCUCGCAGCUCCCACCCCAGCCACUGAUGACCCUGUCCCUGCAGUCAGUUCCCCUGCACCACCAGGUCCAGCCCCAGGCACAUCUUGCUCCAGACUCUCCAGCACCGGCCCAGACCCCGCCCCUGCACGCCCUGCCGGACCUGAGCCCCAGCCCACUCCCCAACCCUGCCAUGGGAAGGGCUCCUGUGGACUUCAUCAACAUCAGCACUGACAUGAACACCGAGGUGGACGCCCUCGACCCCAGCAUCAUGGACUUCGCUCUGCAGGGGAACCUGUGGGAGGAGAUGAAGGACGAGGGAUUCAGCCUGGACACACUGAGCACCUUCGGAGACUCCCCGCUUGGCUGUGAUCUGGGGGCCUCAGGCCUGACUCCUGCCUCAGGUGGCAGCGACCAGUCCUUCCCAGACUUGCAGGUGACAGGUCUCUAUGCAGCCUACUCCACUCCGGACAGUGCGGCUGCGUCAGGCACCAGCUCCUCCUCCCAGUACCUGGGUACACAGGGGAACAAGCCCAUAGCCCUGCUUUGAGCUCACGGCCUCGCCUGCCCCAGAACCCCAGCACCCAGCUGGGGCAGAGAACUGACAGGGUGUUCCCUGGAGCCUCUCCUGGGGCUAGGUUGCCAGCUGGACAGGGAAGCGGUUCCCCUCCACGACCCUCCUCCUCCUCCUGCCUCCCACUGGAGCUUC